CCACCCCCAGCACAGAGCCCUGUGAUGGGCACAGAGCCCUGGGGUGCCCACAACCACGAGAGCCCCUCUCCAAGGUGGAAUCAGCUCCAUGGAUCCCUGUCCAGCAGAGGACAACAGAGAUGGAUAAGAAGAGGAAGCCCAAGUCCCAGUGCUCCAGCCCCUUGCCCAGCUGGCUGGCAGACGACACACCCAGGAGGGGGCUGUCCCAGUGGGAAGAAGAUUUGACACUUCAAGAACUCUAUGAAUGGGAAGAAGAAGUGAGAGUCCGAGAACCUUCCCAACGGAGAGGCCGGAGACGCCGAGAGCUCUACAAAUUUGAAGAAGACGUGAGAGUCCGAGAACUUUCCCAGUGGAGUUGUGGGAGACACCCGGAGCUGUACCAACGGGAAGAAAGUGUGACAGUCCAGGAGCUGCACGAAUGGGAAGAAGGUGGUGUGAGAUACCACGAGGUGACCCAGUGGGAAGAACGUGUGACAGUCCAAGAGCUGCCCCAAAGGGAAGGUGUGAGUUACAAAAGGCUGUCUCAGGGGGGAGCUGAUGUUGGUUACAGCAGUUGGGACAAACCCGUGAGUGCUGGGGACACCCUGGCUGUUCCCCAGGAGAGGCCCAGCUCUCCCAGCAGUGUGGGCACAGCAGUGGCAGCAGAGGCAGCCCAGGACCUGCCCAGUCCAGCUCCUGCCCCGCUGAGUCCCACAGAGGCUGAGCCAGCAGCUCCUGUCCCAGAUGGAGCUGCUGAGGAGGAGGAGCCCCAGGAGCCUGUGGCUCCUGAGGAGACAAAGGCAGAAGGUUCUCCAAGCUUUGGGGAGCUGGUGCCAUCAGCAAGGACAGAGAGCCUGGUCCCUGCCCCACAGAGCCCCUCAGAGGGCAGCCAGGCCCUGCUGGGCACUGGCCAGAAAAUCACCCCUGAGAUCGUGAGCAAGGCUGAGCUUGUGAUGCAGGGAUCUGAGCAGCAGCUGGAGGAACAGGGAGCCAUGGAAGAAAGCACAGCUGCAGAAAUGCAAGAAACAGCUGCAGGGACACAGAACCCGGUCCCUGCCCCACAGAGCCCCUCAGAGGGCAGCCAGGUCCUGCUGGACAUGGCUGAGCUCAUGACCACUGAGAUCCUGAGUGCGGCUGAACUUGUGAUCCAGGGAUCUGACCAGCAGCUGGAGGAACAGGGAGACCUGGAACAAAGCAUGGGUGCAGAAGUGCAAGAAAGAGCAGCAGAGACACAGAACCCAGUCCCUGCCCCACAGAGCCCCUCAGAGGGCAGCCAGGUCCUGCUGGACAUGGCUGAGCUCAUGACCACUAAGAUCUUGAGUGAGGCUGAACUUGUGAUCCAGGGAUCUGAGCAGAAGCUGGAGGAAAAGGAAGAUGUGGAACAAAGCACAGCUGCAGAAAUGCAAGAAAGAGCAUCACAGAUAGAGAGCCCAGUCCCUGCCCCACAGAGCCCCUCAGAGGGCAGCCAGGCCCUGCUGGGCAGUGACCAGCAAAUCACCCCUGAGAUCCUGAGUGAGGCUGAGCUUGAGAUCCAGGGAUCUGAGCAGCAGCUGGAGGAACAGGGAGCCAUGGAACAAAGCACAGCUGCAGAAAUGCAAGAAAGAACAUCACGGAUAGAGAGCCCAGUCCCUGGCCCACAGAGCCCCUCAGAGGGCAGCCAGGUCCUGCUGGACAUGGCCGAGCUCAUUGCCACUGAGAUCCUGAAGAAGGCUGAGCUUGAGAUCCAGGGAUUUGACCAGCAGCUGGAGGAACAGGGAGACAUGGAACAAACCGGGGCUACAGGAAUGUUAACAACAGGGACUGCAGACAGGCCGGAGAGCCUGGACUCUCUCCCACACAGCCCCUGCUGCCUCUCCUCCCCUGUGUUCACCUAUGUGGAACCCAAGGCCCUCAGUGGGCAGCAGGCAGGGGGAGAAGGGGGGGCAGUCCUGGCAGUCCAGGAGACCGAGGAGGGGGCGUUUGCCGAGGAUGAGAACAACUGGAAAUUCUACGACGAGCUGGAGCUUUGCAAGUGGCAGGAUGAGAAAGAAGUCGAUAGCUACCAGUGGGAAGACGGCAUCGGCCAAGAGCUUUCCCAGGAGGAAGACUGCAUUGGCCAAGAGUUGUCUGAAAGGGAAGUUAAGAGACACUCAGAGCAGUCCCAGCGUGGAGAUGACAGUGACAGGGAGCUGUCACUGGAGGACUGCGAAUGUGUGACCGCCCGCAGCACCCAGGAGGAGGACGAGUGGGAAGAGUUGGGUGUCCUGGAGCUGUCCCAAGGUCAAGGCACGGAACACAGGCUGGGAAUCCUUGCGGAAGAGGGGCUCCCAGUGCCCGUCCCUCGCGAGGCGUGGGCUGAGUGCCAGGCGCCCGCCCCAUGCUCAGUGGGGCCAGUCUGUGCAUCCACUCCCCAGCCGGAGGCCCAGGCCCCCCGAGGGGCUGCAGCUCCUCCCACCUUGGACAGGCAGGUGGCAGAGGCAGGGACACAGACCCAGGGCCCCUCUAGUUUCUGGCGGGUGCUCGGGGCUCUGCUCAGGCUGUUCCACGCCUGCAGGCCGGGACAGCCCCAGGAUUAGGCCCCGCUCCAGCGCCGGGCCAGGCCUGGACAGAGCAGCUGGCCCGGAGCCUGCCCUGCACCCCAAGGGCACUGCAUGCACAUGUUCCUGCAGGAUGACCAAUCCCUGGCUGCUUGGGAUCACUCCAAGUGGAUCUCACCGAGACCAAACAGUUUCCGACGUGGCAGCGCCAAACCAGCGCCGAUGGGGGCCGGCUCGUGCCAGGGUGGCUCAGCGGGGAACCACAGGGAAUCCUCAAGGCUGGCAGAGACCUUCAGGAUCACCCAGUGCCACCGUCCCCCAGCACCACCAGAAUCACCCCGAAACCACGUCCCCAAGGGCCACAUCCAGGUGCUUCUCCAACACUUCCAGAGACACCACUGACCACCUUCCGACUCCACCACUGACCAGCGACACCUCCUCAAUUCCUGACUGCUCCUGCUGUUAGGAAUGAGCCAACCCAGGACAUAUUGCUCCCAGAACCUCCCUGCAGGACUGCCACGUCCACAGCUAUUCCACAGCAAAUGAAAGUUGGCUAAAAUAAAUAAUUGUUAUAGCAAAUUAUUAAAAAACAAUAAAUUAAAAAUAAAAUAUAAUAAAAAAA